CGGCUGCUGCGGGACAGGGCGGAGGCGGGAGCGCGCGGCGCCGGAGGCCGCCCCUCUGCGGAACGCGGCGGGAGAAGGGUGGCUGAGUUGGGGCGGGCGCCCGGAGCCGGAAGCGCGCCCGUCCCGCUGGGGCGGCCGCGGGCAUGUGCACGAUGUCCUUCAAGAAGGAAACUCCACUUGCCAAUGCCGCAUUCUGGGCAGCAAGGAGAGGAAACCUGGCUCUGCUCAGGCUGUUGCUGAACAGUGGUCGGGUGGAUGUGGAUUGCAGGGACAGUGUACGGACGGACUCAAUGGCAUGGUACCACACUCCUCAUGGUCUCCUCCUACGCUGGUCACAUAGACUGUGUGAAGGAACUUGUUCUUCAAGGAGCGGACAUCAAUCUCCAGAGAGAGUCGGGUACAACCGCCCUAUUCUUCGCUGCCCAGCAAGGCCACAAUGACGUGGUGAGAUUUCUCUUUGAAUUUGGAGCAUCCACUGAACUUAGAACCAAAGACGGGGGCACUGCCCUGCUGGCCGCCAGUCAGUAUGGGCACAAGCAAGUGGUGGAUACCUUGCUGAAGCACGGAGCCAACAUCCACGACCAGCUUUAUGAUGGAGCCACUGCACUCUUCCUUGCUGCCCAAGGUGGUUACUUGGAUGUUACUCGAUUGUUAUUGUCUUCAGGAGCCAAAGUCAACCAGCCAAGACAGGACGGGACGGCGCCGCUGUGGAUCGCGUCUCAGAUGGGCCACAGCGAGGUGGUGAGGGUGAUGCUGCUGCGUGGGGCCGAACGCGACGCCGCCCGGAACGAUGGUACAACAGCAUUACUGAAAGCAGCCAACAAAGGGUAUAAUGAUGUUAUAGAGGAGUUGCUGAAAUUCUCACCCACCCUUGGUAUUUUGAAGAAUGGGACAUCGGCGCUCCACGCUGCAGUGCUCAGUGGGAAUAUUAAAACAGUCGCACUGCUCCUGGAAGCAGGGGCAGACCCAGCCCUGAGAAACAAGGCCAAUAAACUUCCGGCAGAACUAACCACAAAUGAACGUAUAUUGCGUCUCCUCCGAGGUAAAGAAGGGCACAGGAAGAGCUACCUUAGUUGCAUAUUUGACUGAAAGGUAGAAAUCUUAACCACAUUGUCCAAAAAGAAAUUGCUUGUAAACAGUGUUGGAAAUUCUUUUAAGAAAGAAAGUGCCCCAAAUGCCCACCCUGGGUCCCUGACCAGGAAGUGCUGUGCUUUGUGCCCUGAAUCAAGAACAGAACAGCUCAGGGACCCCUUCCCCUCAUUUAGGUGGGCUUCUCACACUGGCCUAUAAUCCCACUCCUGUGGGACCUAGCGGUUUUGUGGAUUCCAGAGAAACUCAUUUUAAACUAUACUAACUUGGGCCUCUCAGUUAAACUCUAAUUAUUAAGCCUUCUAAGAGGUUUAAGCAAGGAGACAGAAAGACUGUAAGCUUUAAAAGACUGAAAGUCUGACCUCCAAUGAAUCGAUGCACUUUUGCUUUUGUUUUAAAUGUAAGUGUGCUAAAAGAUAUAACUGCAUCAUAUUUUAUAUAUAUGUAUGUCAUCCCAGUGUAAAACCUAUUCUUCUAUCCAAGGAUCAUAGCCAUGGUUCCUAAGACUCAACAAUGUGUAAAGUUACAUUAUGAAAAAGCCGCACAUUCCAACAUGUGUUUUUCAAAGAUGGACUGUUGAAGUACCGUUUCCCCAAAAAUCAGACCUAGCUGGACAAUCAGCUCCAAUGCAUCUUUUGGAGCAAAAA